AUGUCUAAAACCAACACUAAAAAAGAAACUAGAGUAGGUAAAGAUGGUAGUGUCGAAACAAUUACUACCACUACUGUCACUUAUUCAGGUUCUGGCUCGCAUAAAGAUCUUAGUUAUUUUAAUUCGGAUAUACAAUCUUUCUUAGCCGAUAAUAACUUUGGUGGUUUUGGCGACGCUUUUAAAUCUUUAAAACACGUAUCUUAUUCUAAACCUAAAGAACAACCGCAAUAUUUGCCCGAAGAUUAUACGUUAUACGUAAAACCAACACAGAAAGUUGAAUAUCAAAAGUCUAAUUGUACUGGACGUAAAAGGGCGCUUUUAAUUGGAAUAAAUUAUUUUGACACUAAAUACGAAUUGAAAGGUUGUAUAAAUGAUGUCAAGAAUAUAAAGCAUUUCUUGAUGGAUCAUUUUAAAUUUAAAGAAUCGGAAAUUACGGUUUUAACUGAUGAUCAAAGUAAUACAUUAAAACUUCCAACAAGAGAGAAUAUCCUUAAAGAGAUGAAAGCUCUUGUUGCUGAUGCUAAACCGCAUGAUUCUGGCCAUGGUGGUCAAAAAGUAGAUUUAGAUGGAGACGAAGAAGAUGGAUUUGAUGAAACAAUCAUGCCACUCGACUUUAGAGUAAAAGGAGAAAUCAUUGACGAUGAAAUGCAUCAUACAUUAGUAGAUCCUCUUCCAGCUGGGUGUAGAUUAACAGUAAUAUUCGAUUCAUGCCAUUCUGGUACUGUACUUGAUUUACCGUACGUGUACUCAACUCAUGGUAAGGUAAAAGCACCAAAAAUACUUCAACAGGCUUUCAAUGCUGGUGUGAAGUACUUACAAGGCGACAGAGAAACUGCCAAAAGUGAUAAAUCGCGCAUACUUGAUGGGCAAAAAAUUCGCAGGAAGAAUCUACAAACUAAAUCAAGUCCUGCUGAUGUUAUUAUGUUCAGUGGAUGUAAAGAUGAACAAACUUCCGCAGAUGCAUUUGAAGGUGGUGCCACCACUGGUGCUAUGUCAUAUGCUUUAAUUACUACGUUGAAAAUGGAUAGCAAUCAAACUUAUCAGUCAUUGUUGAAUCAUAUAAGAGAUAUUCUUCGCAAUAAAUAUUCUCAGAAACCACAAUUAAGCGC